CCUUGCUAACCUCAACCAUCUCUCUCACACUAACAAAGUACGGUACCUCUUCACUCUACGAAAAUGGUGGCAUCUCCAGACCAAGAACACCCCAAGAAGGCCUUUGGAUGGGCUGCCAGGGACACAUCUGGUGUUCUUUCCCCAUUCAAUUUCUCAAGAAGGGAAACUGGUGAGAAAGAUGUGGCCUUUAAAGUGUUGUACUGUGGGAUAUGCCAUUCUGACCUUCACAUGGCCAAGAAUGAAUGGGGUUCUACUACCUACCCUGUGGUUCCUGGGCAUGAGAUUGUUGGUGUAGUGACUGAGGUAGGGAGUAAAGUGCAGAACAUCAAGGUUGGAGACAGGGUAGGUGUUGGAUGCAUGGUGGGAUCUUGCCGAUCUUGUGAUAGUUGUGCCGACCACCUUGAAAACUACUGCCCCAAGAUGAUACUCACGUAUGGUUCCAAGUACUUUGAUGGAACCAUGACGUACGGAGGUUACGCUGACAUCAUGGUGGCUGACGAGCAAUUCAUUGUUCGCAUUCCCGAGAACCUCCCUCUUGAUGGUGCUGCUCCUCUCCUAUGUGCUGGCAUUACAACUUACAGCCCCUUGAGACAUUUUGGACUUGACAAACCUGGUAUGCAUGUGGGCGUGGUUGGUCUAGGUGGUCUAGGCCAUGUGGCUGUGAAGUUUGCUAAGGCUCUAGGGGUUAAGGUUACAGUGAUUAGUACCUCCCCUAAGAAGAAGGCAGAAGCUGUUGAACGACUCCAUGCUGAUUCAUUUUUGGUCAGCAGUGACCAAAAUGAGAUGCAGGCCGCCAUGGGCACAAUGGAUGGGAUCAUUGACACGGUUUCUGCAUUCCACCCUCUCGUGCCUUUGAUUGGUUUGUUGAAGGCUCAUGGAAAACUUGUGAUGGUUGGUGCACCAGAGAAGCCUCUUGAGCUUCCAGUUUUUCCUCUGAUCAUGGGAAGGAAGAUUAUAGGGGGUAGUUGUAUUGGGGGUAUGAAGGAGACACAGGAGAUGAUUGAUUUUGCAGCCAAGCACAACAUAACAGCUGACAUUGAGGUUAUCCCAAUUGAUUAUCUGAACACUGCCAUGGAGCGCCUUCUCAAAGCAGAUGUCAGAUACCGGUUUGUCAUUGACAUUGGAAACACAUUGAAGGCCAGCUCCUGAACUUUACAUUACAAACUGAGUCAGUGGUGGGAUGAGAGUGGAAAUUAAGGUUAAUUUGCUGUCUCAAUAUUGUUGUCUACCAUGUGUGUAGUGAAAAUUAUGCAUAUUUGCAUAUGCAAUAGGCUGGACCUGGAUUUUGAAUAAAUGGAACAAUAUGUUUCUCAUUUUUGAUAAGGAAUAAAAUAUCUAUCUGUUUAUUUGAGAAUGAA